CAAUUUCCAGAAUAAUAAAUCGAAAAAAACUAGGGUUUCACAGAUCGUGAUGAAGAAGAGACAAGUGGUAAUAAAGCAAAGAUCAAGAAACUCCAACACCUCGUCGUCUUGGACUACUACUUCUUCAUCGGCGACCAGUAGCAUCCGUUACGUGGAGUGUCAGAAGAAUCACGCUGCUAACAUCGGAGGUUACGCCGUCGACGGUUGCCGUGAGUUUAUGGCCGCCGGCGUUGAAGGAACCGAUGAUUCUUUGAGAUGUGCCGCUUGUGGUUGUCACCGGAAUUUUCACCGGAAGGAGGUCAACACGGAGGUUGUUUGUGAGUAUUCGCCACCUAACGCUUGAUUUUUCGAUGAUUCAACUUUUUUAUUUUCUGUGAUUUGGAUUUUAUCGAAUGAUUUUUAAAGGUGAAGUGAUAUAUAUAUUUGUAAAUGGUUAUCGAUGUGUAUAUUCACAGCUCACAUACUGCCGGUCUGUAUGUAUUUUAAAAAUAUUGUAUAUAUCUGUUUGUGAUGUAAACAAUAGUUACUUUAUUUUACAAAUUUAGCUUUUGGAUUUUUAUAUGGUUCGUGAUAUGAACUUCAUACGAACGAGUAAUACAUGUGCGCUAUUAUACUGAUUAAAAUUUAUAUCUGCUGAUCGAAACUAUAAUUGUUUUAUAAUUUGGAGAAUGUUAUUGGAUUUAUUUAUUUCACCGUUGAGCUUAACUAUAGGAUCGCAAGUCAGUAUAUCACAGGCAAGAAGCAUAUGUCAGUACAUCACACGAUAUAUGAGACAAUUUGUAAAGGAUGCCUCUUAUUUAGUUCAGAACAUGGUUUUAUAGUUCGAGUACAACUUCCAAUACAUGUCUGUAGCCUUCUCUCUUCUUUUUUUCUUUGAAUAUAAUUGAACCUCUGAUAGAAGCUUAAACGUGUGAUUAAAAAUUGCUGAAACUUGAAAAUGUAUAUAUAGUUUCUUACAACGAAAAUUAAUGUAUAUAUAACAUAAGAUAUUUCCAUUCAAUUAAGUUUCAGGAAGUGUCAAUUAAAACCUUUAACCAUCGUCUUACAUGUAACUUACAAAAAUGUUGUAUAUUUAAAAAUUUAAAAUACAUUCUAGAAUCAUAUAGUAUGUAUAAAGACCAAUAAAAAAUGAGAGACUAAUUGAGUUAGAAAUUUGAGGAUGCUGAUGAUGCCAUAGUAGGCUGAAUCUAAUUCCAUUUAGUUGGCCUCUUGAAUCUAAUUCCACUAAUAUUAUAUUAUUACGUGUCUGAAAGCAUGAAAUUUCUUUGUAGAAUAGUGUACCCAAUCUCUUUUGUAUCGCAGACGGUCCACAUAUCGGAUCAUGUUCGCUUAUCGUCUAGGUUAAUGGUUUUUGUCUAAUUAGUUUUUUUUUUUUUUUUUUUUUUUUUUUUAAAUUUUGGAGGCAUCCUUCACAAAAAAUAAUCUCUAAAUAAAUAGUGCGGUCCACGGAUUUUUACUCCGGCAAUAUUUUCAGAACCGGACCGAUCCGAUGGUUAGACCGGAUUCGACCAUAAAUCGGUUACAUAGUUGAGUUGAGUCUAAUAAUUGGUUCGACCAUAAAGCGGUCACAUUAUAGAUCUCAAAAUUAUUAAACUGAUAAAAACCAUUAAAACUAUCAAAAUCUAUAAAUCAUCCAUAUAAACAAAAAAUUAGUUUAUAUUUAUAAUGUUUUAUGUUUUAAAUUCAUUUAUAUUUUGAUAAUGUAUUAUAUAUAAUAAUAUUACUUUUAAAUUUAAUUACACACUAAAGAUACACUAAAUCAUAUUUAACUAUGACCAAAUAGUUAUCUGGUCCGGUUUCAAAAAUACUACACUCCACUAGUAGAAAUCUUGCUCAUAGCCACGAAAUACCUACGAAAUUUUCGUGGCAAAUUUGAAAAUGCUACGAAAAUACUAUGAAAAUAAAACGUAGCAAAAAAAGCCACGAAAAUGCCACUAAAAUGUCACGAAAUAUGAAACGUAGCAAUUCGUACGUAAAUCGUAGCAAAAAAAGUCACGAAAGUACCACAAAGUAAAACGUAGCAAACUAUAGCCACGUUUUUUGCUACCGAAUUUUCGUGGCAAACUGCUACGAAAUUAAACAUCCCUAUAAACAUAGCUAAUUUGUAAAAAAUAUCUUUUUUGCUACGGUUUGGCCACUAAAUUUUCCGUGGCUGUGUAAAAAAGCCACAAUUUUAUCACGAAUUAGCCACUAAAAUUUGAAAUAUUAAACCCUAAAUAUACUUUUAAAACCCUAAACUCUAAAUAAAAAUCUUAAAUUCUUAUUUUAACUUUAAAUCUCAAACUUAAAUUCAAAAAAUAAUGUUUUUCAGGUUUUACUCUUAAAUCUUUAAUCUAACCUUGAAACUAUAUUCCAAACCAUACACUUUAAACCUAAACAUAAUACCCUAAAUCAUAAAUUCAAACACCAAAACUAAUAUUUUCAAACUCAAAUGUUAAACAUAAAUUACAAUCUCUAUACCCCAAAUCAAAAACCUAAUCUUUAAAGAAUUUAACUAUUUAAACUAAAUAAAUAAUGCUCAAUACAUAAUUAUUAGUUAUUUAUAUAAAUAUUUAAAAUCUUUACACGAAAACUUUAUCUCUUUGUUUGGUAAGCAUGUAAACUUCAUCUAAAAUUAAAAAAAAACAGUAUCUUUAAUUCUAAGGCUUAAACUAUUAAACCUAAACAAACCCUCUAUAACCCCUAAACUCAAACCCUAAAACCUUUAAUUCUAAAUAAAAACUAAACACUAUAGUAUAACUAAACUUGCUCUUAAAUCCUAAACUAUAAAUAUACUUUAAUAAAAGUGACACUUAACUUUAUAUUUUCAUACUAUAAACUAGUCUUUUAUUUUGAACUAAAUCACUAGAUUAUAUAUCAUAAACAUGACACUUAACUUUAUAUUUUUGUUUUGAACUAAAUCAACAUAUCUUAAAUCAUAAACAUAAUUUUUAAUAUCUAUAAUUUAAAAAAUAUAAAAUUAAAUAAAACAUUCUCUUUUGUCUUCCAUAUAUAUUAAAACUAAAAUGCUGUAAAAAAGAAGGUAGAAUAGAGUAAACAUAAUUAAUAAUUACUCAUAACUUUCUAUUGGUUAAGAUAAGAGGGUGAGGAUCACAAUUUUUGACCAUUGAUUAAAUCUAAUCAAUGGUUCAGAUUCAUUUAUUUGUGUUUCUUUCUCUCUCUCCAAAGUCUAUUCUCUCGAUAUCUUUUUCUGCCUUUUCUAAUCUUCUUCUCUCUGUCUCUUCAACAACACAACUCUGUCUUAAUCUCUCACAAUCACUCACAGCCUUCUUCUUCUCCAUAUACAACAACGACGUUUAACAACGACCGUCGCGUUCUUCACCACCACCACCGUCACGCUCUUCACCACCAUCACCGUCACGCUCUUCACCACCAUCACCGGAAGGUGGAGGAGGCAGAGGAGAUUGAUGAAGGAUGAGGUAGCAGAAGCGGUGGCUCGUGAGCUGAGCCGGCUUGAAGAUUGAAGAUAAGAAGCUACGGUGAGGAAGCAGAAGAAGCGUGACGGCGGAGGAGGCGUGAAGCGUCGCUUCAUCAAUAACACCACCGGUGGCUCCAGAAACAAAUCGAGUCGCCGCUUCAGGCGAACUAUCCGGAGGUGUCGGUGGUGAAGCUGGUGGCGGUACCGGUGGUUGAGCCGACGUAUAUAUUUGUGUAUAUAUAUGUAUGAUAUAUAUUUAUAAUUUGUUUUCUAUAUAUUUUGUAAUUUCAUUAAUAAAAAUUAUUUUUU